AUGGAAAAUAAUGGGAACAAUGUCACAGAAUUUGUCCUCUUAGGUCUGUCCAGUGAUAAAAAUUUGCAGAUAUUCUGCUUUGGACUGUUCCUCUCCUGUUACAUUGCAAUCCUCUUCGGAAAUUUCCUCAUCCUCAUCACCAUCAGAGGAAGCCCCCUUUUCAAGCAACCCAUGUACUUCUUCCUCUUCCACUUGUCCCUCAUAGACGUCUGCUACACUUCCACGGUGACUCCCAAACUGAUCCGAGAUCUGCUGUCUGAAAAGAAAACCAUCUCCUUCGGCAACUGCAUAAUGCAGCUCUUUGACAUGCACUUCUUUGGAAGUAUUGAAGUUUUCAUCCUUGUGGGGAUGGCCUAUGAUCGCUAUGUUGCCAUCUGCAAACCCUUGUGCUAUAUGAUUGUCAUGAACCAGCAGAGAUGCAACACAUUGGUGGCAAUCUGCUGGGGAUCUGGAUUUCUCCAUUCCAUGGUGCAGGUGCUUCUAGCAAUCUCUUUGCCCUUCUGUGGACCCAAUAAGAUCAAUCAUUAUUUCUGUGAUGUUUAUCCUCUCCUGGAACUGGCCUGCACAGAUACUCACUUAAUUGGGUUUUUAAUUCUUGCCAAUUCUGGGAUUGUUGUAUUGAUCUCAUUUAUAGCCUUGGUCUUCUCUUACGUCACCAUUUUAGCCAGUCUGAGGACCCGCUCUUCGGAAGGACGUCACAAAGCCCUCUCCACCUGCACUUCCCACAUCACCGUGGUGGCAUUAUUUUUUUUGCCCUGCAUCUUCAUUUACCUCCGGCCUGCCCAGACCUUCCCCGAGGAUAAAGUGUUUGCUCUGUUUUACACCAUCAUCGCCCCCAUGUUCAACCCCCUCAUCUACACGCUGAGGAACAGAGAGAUGAAGACGGCCAUGAGAAAGGUGUGGUGUCGGAAACUGUGUUUGUAG